AUGGCAUUGAACACUGAUUCUCGCUGGGACGUAGGCAUUGGAAUUACAGAAGCACUAAAACUUGUGAAACUAAGUAUUAGUGCGAUGAAGUUUAGUGACCGGCAGCACACCUACCCUCGCUUCUCGACUAGACUUGAUCAAUACGAAGCCAGAUGUGGCAGAAUCACAGACCAGCUCUAUCAAGUGGGUCACUACCGAACUGUGUACACGGGCAUGCCGCUUUCAGACACUAUAAUGAAUAUCAACAGGACGAUCAUGUCUCUGCUCCAAGGCAUCGAACUGGACGGGAUGAACACCUUGAACAACGCACUUGAGAGGCUAGAGGAAGAAGUUAGGACACAAGGUCUGGCAAUGCCAGAAUACGUGUCCCCUCAAGAAGAGUCUAACCAAUCUGUGAAAUGGAUAUGGAAUGAUGCUCGGAGAGAGUACCAUUAUUGGGACCCAGAGGGUUACUUUGUGUUUUCCAAGAGUGGCAGGGUCAACCCGGACGGAACACCAUAUGGCGAGGCAGGAGUAAGCCGAACAAGAACGGUGGGUGAAGAUGGCAGUGAAGGGGGAGACGAAUACACUGUAGUUGAAACAAAACAAGGUGUGAUUACACGGUAG